AAUAGAGGAUGAAGCCAGGCGGGGGACGUGGAUACGGAUCCUUCGCGGGCCGUGCCUUGCAUGGGAGUGGGAAGAAAACAGCUUGCGCAAGGUGUAGUUGUCGCCCAGCUGGCAGAAACGUUUCUUGGAUGGUUCAAACGCCCGAAUACACACAGCCAGGAUGCUGCCAGAGGUCAUUGCAAAGGCUUCACAUGUCCGUCAAGAACGAUGGGCCCAUCCUGGACGGUGGCGGCGACGGCACGGGCGUCGACAAAUAUAGCAAGGGUGACUGCCCAACUACACGAGAUGGCGCUUCGGACGGCUCGCGUACCUCCCUCCCGUCCCCGGCACCCCGGCGUGGAUUACGAGAUAGAGGAGGAUUCCCACGGCACGAUAAAGCGACAAUUCAAAUUCAUGUGGGCUCAUUUUGCAAAGGGGGCAGAUUUCAGGGGCAUCGUGGUGUUGGUCAUCAUCUUGGAUGUAUAGACUACAUAUCCAUACAUACAUACUACACUUAGCAGGCGUACAAGGCGUACAACAAUAAGAUAUUCUUCAUCUUCAGUAGCGAAAAAACAUUUACAAAUGCGG